AUGGCUUGUCGAUCGUAUUUCGCUGGAACAUUGUUACUAUUUGCAGGCAUUGCAUUCGCUCAAACUGCGCCUCAAUGGGGACAGUGUGGUGGAAUCGGCUGGCCAGGACCCACUACAUGCCCCUCGGCCGGUGGUGAUGGUGGGGGGAGUACUAGUACUACUACUGGAGGAGGGGGGGGAGGAACAUCCACUACCACAGCUACCGGUGGUACCGCAACUCUUGCUCCUGGAAACUCGUGGAUCCGGGCAGUGGUCGAUCCUAAUUUCCACAAAUACCUGCGAUCCGAGACGUUGGGUACAGCCUCAGAGGCUGUCCUUGGUGAACCUUCCGAGGCUGCUCAAUUCCAAGUCACAGGCGGUCAACUCGUUCAGAUGGCUUCCAGUGGAAAGCUUUACGCGAUCGUAGAAGACCUAACUGAUCCCACCGUCAAGAAACUCAAGGUCACUUGGUCGACAUCCCCUGCUACUGCAGGUACUUUCGACUUCAGUGGGGACACCCUCGAAUGGAGUAAUCCUGCAAUCACGAGACCCCAGAAUAAUGCAUGGCUGGUUUGUCCCGACUCAGCCGGGAACAGGGAUCUAUAUGUGAACCUGGGAGCUUAUGCAUACCAAACACCAGCUGGAUGCGCAGACCAGACUAUCCAUGCUUAUACUGGCUCGACUGCUUCGGCAUGA